UUGAAUACAGACGAUUCAAAUGAUUUAGUUAUAAAAAAGUUUUCCCUUGAUCAGUACACACUAAUAAUCCUCGUGAAAAUGCGAGCGGUUGUUUCAAUUUUUGUCCUCUUGUUCACAUUAACAACUGCUCCAAUGGUGCCAGAUAAGUGUAAAGUCAAAUAUCACUACUGGAGACCAUAUAUUGGGGAAUUCAGCCAAGACGACUUCGUAGGAGCCACAGAUACUUUGGGAAAACAUACCUAUAUAGCGAAAAUUAUACCUACUACCAAUAGUAGAUCAUGGACUGUAUCAACUCAACUCAACUACGAUUAUGUAGAGUAUGCGUGGGAAGAUGCAGAAAUUCGUAGAAUUUACCGUUUCAUGGAGAUUAUGGUUGUUCUACCACAGUAUCUCUACAGAUUUUUCUGGACGCCGAUUCGUUCCCCAAAAGAUUUAAAACAUGUGUUACAGAAUAAAUGUGCAGUUCAAGGUGGAGUUCUCAAAUUCCAGAAUAAAAUUAUAUAUUCUUACAUUGGCAGAGUGUACGUCAAUGGUAGUUUUCACAUUGGAACCGUAUGGGAGGAUAGUUGGGCUAUGAGCUGUGGUUUGCAUUAUUUGAACGGAUGGAAAAAGUUUCAUCGUUCAAAAAAAUACCAAAUAUUAGUUCACGAAUGUUAAAUUCUUCAAAUCCAUAAUUAUUAUUAUGAAUGAUCAAAGUUCAAAAAUCAUUCGUUCUUAUCUUAGCUUUGAAUUUGGUUACUGGACUCAAAUAAAUAUUUUUCGAGA